UACUGUAUACCCUGUAUACCCCUAUAUAAGCUGUUUACCUAUGUUUACCCUAGUAAUACUGUAUACCCUGUAUACCCCUAUAUAACCUGUUUACCCAUGUUUACCCUAGUAAUACUGUAUACCCUGUAUACCCUUAUAUAUCCUGUUUACCCUUGAUUACCCUAGUAAUACUGUAUACCCUGUAUACCCCUAUAUAUCCUGUUUACCCUUGAUUACCCUAGUAAUACUGUAUACCCUGUAUACCCCUAUAUAUCCUGUUUACCCUUGAUUACCCUAGUAAUACUGUAUACCCUGUAUACCCCUAUAUAACCUGUUUACCCAUGUUUACCCUAGUAAUACUGUAUACCCUGUAUACCCUUAUAUAUCCUGUUUACCCUUGAUUACCCUAGUAAUACUGUAUACCCUGUAUACCUCUAUAUAACCUGUUUACCCAUGUUUACCCUAGUAAUACUGUAUACCCUGUAUACCCCUAUAUAACCUGCUUACCCAUGUUUACCCUAGUAAUACUGUAUACCCUGUAUACCUCUAUAUAACCUCUUUACCCAUGUUUACCCUAGUAAUACUGUAUACCCUGUAUACCCUUAUAUAUCCUGUUUACCCUUGAUUACCCUAGUAGUACUGUAUACCCUGCAUACCCCUAUAUACCUUGUGCACCCAUGUUUACCCUAAUAGUACUGUAUACCCUGUAUACCCCUAUAUAACCUGUUUACCCAUGUUUACCCUAGUAAUACUGUAUACCCUGUAUACCCCUAUAUAUCCUGUUUACCCUAGAUUACCCUAGUAAUACUGUAUACCCUGCAUACCCCUAUAUAUCCUGUGUACCCAUGUUUACCCUAGUAAUACUGUAUACCCCGCAUACCCCUAUAUAUCCUGUGUACCCAUGUUUACCCUAGUAAUACUGUAUACCCUGUAUACCUCUAUAUAACCCGUUUACCCUAGUAAUACUGUAUACCCUGUAUACCCCUAUAUAUCCUGUUUACCCUAGAUUACCCUAGUAAUACUGUAUACCCUGUAUACCCCUAUAUAACCUGUUUACCCAUGUUUACCCUAGUAAUACCGUAUACCCUGUAUACCCUUAUAUAUCCUGUUUACCCUCGAUUACCCUUGUAAUACUGUAUACCCUGUAUACCCCUAUAUAUCCUGUUUACCCUUGAUUACCCUAGUAAUACUGUAUACCCUGUAUACCCCUAUAUAUCCUGUUUACCCUUGAUUACCCUAGUAAUACUGUAUACCCUGUAUACCCCUAUAUAACCUGUUUACCCAUGUUUACCCUAGUAAUACUGUAUACCCUGUAUACCCCUAUAUAUCCUGUUUACCCUUGAUUACCCUAGUAGUACUGUAUACCCUGCAUACCCCUAUAUACCUUGUGCACCCAUGUUUACCCUAAUAGUACUGUAUACCCUGUAUACCCCUAUAUAACCUGUUUACCCAUGUUUACCCUAGUAAUACUGUAUACCCUGUAUACCCCUAUAUAUCCUGUUUACCCUAGAUUACCCUAGUAAUACUGUAUACCCUGCAAUACCCCUAUAUAUCCUGUGUACCCAUGUUUACCCUAGUAAUACUGUAUACCCUGUAUACCUCUAUAUAACCUGUUUACCCAUGUUUACCCUAGUAAUACUGUAUACCCCUAUAUAUCCCGUUUACCCUAGAUUACCCUAGUAAUACUGUAUACCCUGUAUACCCCUAUAUAACCUGUUUACCCAUGUUUACCCUAGUAAUACUGUAUACCCUGUAUACCCUUAUAUAUCCUGUUUACCCUUGAUUACCCUAGUAAUACUGUAUACCCUGUAUACCCCUAUAUAUCCUGUUUACCCUUGAUUACCCUAGUAAUACUGUAUACCCUGUAUACCCCUAUAUAUCCUGUUUACCCUUGAUUACCCUAGUAAUACUGUAUACCCUGUAUACCCCUAUAUAACCUGUUUACCCAUGUUUACCCUAGUAAUACUGUAUACCCUGUAUACCCCUAUAUAUCCGGUUUACCCUUGAUUACCCUAGUAAUACUGUAUACCCUGUAUACCCCUAUAUAACCUGUUUACCCAUGUUUACCCUAGUAAUACUGUAUACCCUGUAUACCCUUAUAUAUCCUGUUUACCCUCGAUUACCCUAGUAAUACUGUAUACCCUGUAUACCCCUAUAUAUCCUGUUUACCCUUGAUUACCCUAGUAAUACUGUAUACCCUCUAUACCCCUAUAUAUCUUGUUUACCCUUGAUUACCCUAGUAAUACUGUAUACCCUGUAUACCCCUAUAUAACCUGUUUACCCAUGUUUACCCUAGUAAUACUGUAUACCCUGUAUACCCUUAUAUAUCCUGUUUACCCUUGAUUACCCUAGUAAUACUGUAUACCCUGUAUACCCCUAUAUAACCUGUUUACCCUUGAUUACCCUAGUAAUACUGUAUACCCUGUAUACCCCAAUAUAAUCUGUUUACCCAUGUUUACCCUAGUAAUGCUGUAUACCCUGUAUACCCCUAUAUAUCUUGUGUACCCAUGUUUACCCUAGUAGUAUUGUAUACCCGCAUACCCCUAUAUACCUUUUGCACCCAUGUUUACCCUAAUAGUACUGAAUACCCUGUAUACCCCUAUAUAACCUGUUUACCCAUGUUUACCCUAGUAAUACUGUAUACCCUGUAUACCCCUAUAUAUCCUGUGUACCCAUGAUUACCCUAGUAAUACUGUAUACCCUGUAUACCCCUAUAUAUCCUGUGUACUCAUGUUUACCCUAGUAAUACUGUAUACCCUGUAUACCCCUAUAUAUCCUGUUUACCCAUGAUUACCCUAGUAAUACUGUAUACCUUGUAUACCCUUGUAUAUCCUGUUUACCCAUGUUUACCCUAGUAAUACUGUAUACCCUGUAUACCCCUAUAUAUCCUGUGUACCCAUAUUUACCCUAGUAAUACUGUAUACCUUGUAUACCCUUGUAUAUCCUGUUUACCCAUGUUUACCCUUGUCAUACUGUAU